AUGAUAUACAUUCGCGUCGGCGCGAAUCGCUCGGUUAAGUGUCGCGCGUUGCUAGACACCGGUGCGACCGCUAACUUCAUCAGCGAGCGUAUCGUGAAGCAAUUAAACGCGCCUGUGAUCCCGCACGCGACGCCGGUCGGCGCGAUUAAUGCUAUGCACACUUACUCGAAGGGCAUGGUCCGGAUCACCGUGCAGUCGAUGCGUAACGACUUUCACAAGGAAAUUGCGUGUUUGAUAAUGCCGACGAUUACCGACUUAGUUCCGUCUGAGGCCUUCCCGCGAAGCUCGAUUAAAGUACCGCCGAACGUCAAAUUAGCGGACCCCGAAUUUCAUUUGCCGCGCCCUAUUGAUUUAUUGAUCGGUUCCGGGGCGACCUUAUCAUUGUUCUCCAUCGGGCAAAUAAACUUGUCGCAUGAGGGGCACGAUUUAUAUUUGCAAAAAACGCGUUUAGGUUGGGUAGUCGCCGGCAGUGCGGCCUUGCACAAUCCGACGGGUACCGGGGCGUGUUACUUAACAAAGCUGGAAUCGCAGCUGGAGAAUUUUUGGACAAUCGAGGAAGUCGCGGCGGACAAAUCGAAUCCGGGAAAGGAUAAUGAUUGCGAGGCGCAUUUUAUAAGGAACACGCGUCGCGAGGACGACGGGCGUUACACGGUCCGCUUGCCAUUCCGGGAAACGAACAAGCGCAUCGGCGAAUCGCGUACCAUCGCAUUCAAGCGUUUUUUAGCGUUGGAGCAAAAAUUCAACGCAAACGAAACAUUUAAGAUCGAUUACUCGCGAGCGAUGGAAGAAUAUAUAAGGCUAAAGCACAUUUCCGUAAUCGAAGACCCCGCGGACGACGACGGAUAUUACCUGCCUCACCACGCGGUGGUUAAGGAUUCGAGCACCACCACCAAGGUGCGGAUAGUUUUCGAUGCUUCCGCGAAAGCGAAUAAUGGCGUGUCUUUGAACGACGUCUUGAUGGUAGGGCCUAUAAUUCAAGAUAAAUUAUUUUCGCACUUAAUUCGGUUUCGCAUGUACAAAUAUGUAGUCACCGCGGAUAUCGAAAAAAUGUAUUUGCAAAUAUUAUUGCACGAGGAUGACCGGCGGUAUCAAAGAAUCCUUUGGCGUAAAGACGGUGAAGUCCAAACGUUUCAGUUUAAUACGCUAACAUUUGGCGUUUCAUCGUCAUCAUUUCUCGCGAUUCGAACAUUACAAAAACUAGCCGAUGACGAACGCCACGUGUACCCUAGAGCGGCGGAAAUCAUUAAAGCGCAUCUAUACGUGGACGACCUGCUAACCGGAGCCGAUAGCGUCGAAGAGGCCCGAGCGUAUCGAGAUGAAAUAAUCGCGUUGUUAGCUCGGGGCGGCUUCGCGAUUAGGAAAUGGGCUUCCAAUGACGAACGCGUUGUUAAUGACCUGCCAGUCAGUGCGCUGCAUACGGACUUUACAUUCGACGGAGAUCUUUCUUUAAAAACUCUUGGCGUGACGUGGCAUGCGCGAAACGACGAGGUGCGUUACUUCGCCCGGCACAUUAAAAUUCCGAAGAAAUUAACAAAGCGGAACAUAUUGUCGGAGAUCGCGAAAAUCUAUGACCCGUUAGGGUUGUUGGGCCCUCUCGUGUUGCAUGCCAAGAAAAUAAUGCAGGAUGUAUGGCGAUGCCGGCUGGAUUGGGACGAAUCCGUUCCGCAAAACAUCUACACGGAAUGGCUAGAUUUCGUAAAUCAAUUUGAGUUAAUAAAUCAAAUUUCCGUUAGCCGUAAGUUACUAGUAGAAGACGCUUGUGACAUACAGAUUCACGGAUUCUGUGAUGCUAGCAGCAUUGGUUAUGGCGCAUGCUUGUACGUACUUUCGACAGAUAGGCGCGGGAAUACGGUCGUCAGGCUACUAUGCGCCAAGUCGCGCGUCGCGCCGUUAAAACCCGUCACUAUACCUCGUCUCGAGCUUUGCGGCGCGUUACUGUUGGCACGGCUAUAUUUCGAAGUGAGCGGCGCUCUAAGGGUCAUGCCCACGAGAACGUUUUUCUGGUGCGACUCAACCGUCGUUCUCCACUGGCUGAACACGUCGCCUCACCUGCUUAAUUCGUUCGUAGCGAAUCGAGUCGCGGAAAUUCAAAAGCUUACGACGUCAUGCGAGUGGCGGCACGUUAAAUCGGAAGACAAUCCCGCCGAUGCGUUGUCGAGAGGGCAAUUACCGCGCGCAUUCAUUCGGAAUCUGAUGUGGUUCGCGGGGCCCGCGUGGCUGUGUCAGGGCGGAAGCGAAUGGCCUAAAGAAUUCGUGCGGACGAGCGAGGUAUUAGAGUUAAGAAAAAACGUUUGCUUAGCUGCAACGUCGGGCGAUCCCGGGAUGUUUGACGGGUACUCCUCCUACUCUAAAACGCUCCGAAUCGUAGCGUACUGUUUACGAUUUCGACAUCCUAACAAGCGUGUCGGGCCGUUGUGCGCAAAGGAAAUUGACGAGGCGGAAACGCGAAUAUUAAAAAUCGUUCAGAACGCUCAAUUUCCUAGCGAGAUCAAGGGGCUUACAAACGAGAAUCCCACGAUCAAGGGCAAAAUAGCUAACUUAAGCCCAUUCAUAGACAGCGACGGCUUGAUUCGCGUGGGAGGACGGAUUCAAAAAUCAGAAUUAGCAUUCUCGAGGAAACAUCCGAUUUUGCUCCCGAGCCGGCAUAAUUUGACCGAUCGUAUUAUCCACGAGACUCACGAAAGGCAUCAUCACGCGGGUAUUCAAACAACGCUCUAUAUUCUUCGCCAAAAAUAUUGGUUGAUUGACGGCCGAAAUCAGGUGCGAAAAAUCGUGCGUGCUUGCGUGAAAUGCUUUCGAUUCGACGCCAGCGCCGUCGAGUAUAAAAUGGGAAGCCUUCCGGCGGCUCGUGUGCGCGAGGCGGUACCCUUCACCAAUACCGGCGUCGACUUCUGCGGCCCGUUCUUCAUUAAGGAAAAAAAGCACCGCAAUCGAGCGCGAGUCAAAGUAUACGUAUGCGUAUUCGUGUGCAUGGCAAUAAAGGCGGUGCAUCUCGAGAUCGUCAGUGACUUGUCGUCGGACGGUUUUCUUGCGGCGUUGCGGCGAUUCGUGGCAAGACGGGGAUUGCCAGCGCACGUCUACUCCGAUAACGGGACGAAUUUCGUAGGCGCGAAUAAUCAGCUAAAGGAGCUGUAUGCCUUGCUUAAUUCGGAAGAGCAUCAAAAUCUCGUAAAUCGGUUCGCGAAUGAGCGUCGAAUAGUAUGGCAUUUUAUACCACCGGUAGCGCCGCAUUUCGGAGGAUUGUGGGAGUCGACCGUGAAACUUUUCAAGCACCAUUUUAAACGCGUCGUAGGAGAUUUACUAUUUACGUUUGAGGAGUUGAACACCUUUGUUGUUGAAGUUGAGGGUAUUUUAAAUUCCCGGCCAAUUGUCACCCUCUCCUCUGAUCCGAACGACUUGCUGGUAUUAUCUCCGGCUCAUUACUUGAUUGGCAAACCAUUGACGACCCUUCCGGAGGGAGACCUAUCGUGUGUUCCAGCAAACCGACUGUCCACCUGGCAGCACAUCUCCAAGGUGCGACAGGACUUCUGGGCACGCUGGAGUCUCGAAUAUUUAAACGAGCUCCAAACCCGCACCAAAUGGGUUAAGGAUGGGCCGAAGCUUGAUGUGGGAACCGUCGUGCUUAUAAAGGACAAAAAUCUGCCGUGCAACCAGUGGGCCUUGGGCAGAGUGACAGAGGUUCAACCAGGCGAGGAUGGAAUCGUUCGAGCUGCCUCAGUCAAAACCUCAACCGGACAAUUAACAAGAGCGGCGAGAUAUUUAUGUCCCUUGCCAAUCGAGCGGUAG